AUGCCGGCCUCAGCAAAGAAGUCGACACCCAGCCGUGAUGCGCCGACUAAGGUGGCUGCCGACUCGCAGCCUUCAUCAUCGAGUGAAGGUACUCCCGGAGCCACGGAGAAGAACGCAGCCAAGUUACACAAGAGGUCUCGCUCUGGUUGCUUCACAUGUCGUCUUCGCCGAAAGAAGUGCGACGAGAAACAUCCCUCGUGCGGAGCCUGCAACAACCUCAACGUGAAAUGCGAAUAUAAGCGCCCAAUCUGGUGGGGAAACGCAGAGCAACGAAAGAUCCAGAAGGAACGGAUCAAGAACAAGAUCAAACAGACCAAGAUGAAUGAGCGCAACGGGUCCCUGACCGGUAGGAUCGGCUUCCCACAUCACGCAAGCUUGCCUUCCCCUAACCAGCCCGUGGACACAGUCGAUGCAUCGGGCCUCAGUCGCGGCGUGGCCGUGUCGUCGCCCACGUCGCCUGAGUUCGAAUUUGGCCGACCCGUCUUUCCAGACCAGUAUGAUAUCUUUGCCUCACAUAUGCCGACGCCCGCCGUCAACCAGUCCGCCUACAGCUCCCAUACGACCCCGUUCGAGAUCGACGUCAAGACCGAGCGACAGACUUACAUCGACGAAGUGCCUCUGCACCACAACGCGAUCAGCUCGACGUUCAGCAACUUCGCCCCUCCUCAGCUCAAUGCGCCGUUGCCCGCCUUCCAAUGCGAGGAGUGGUUCCAGGACGAGUGCUUCCCUCAGGUCGCCCCGGCACUUCCAGGGAUCGAUCCGGCCCUGUGCGACCAGAGCAUCGAGCAGACGUACGCCAUGCUGCAGGCGAAUAUCCCCGUCAGUGACCAUGAUCGACCGCUCCUCGACCAUUUCAUCCACAACGUUCUGCGCAUCAUCUUCCCGGUGCUGGAGGCCCACCAACGUGGACACAUCCGCGCGCAAGCCAUCCUUCAGGCUCUCGAGACGAACAAGUGCUACCUGCACUGCUGUCUCAGCGUCUCGGCCAUCCAUCUCAAGACCACGGAGGGGAUCGUGAGCGAACAGAUCGACCACGACAUCAUGCGCCACCGAUUCGAGGCGGUUUCCCAGCUGUGUCUGGCACUUGGGGAGGAUACGAAUCAUGAGGAGAUUCUGGACGCCACUCUGGCCAUGAUCUUCUUCCACUGCUCCGUGGGACUUGCCGACGACUACCUGCCCGACAUCCCCUGGUUCGACCAUUUCCAAGCCGCCACGAACCUGGUCCAUCGCCUGGGACUUCCUACCGCCGGCCCGACCUGCGGACAUCCGUACAUGCUGCCUCCCUUCAACAUGACGCUGACCUCGUGGAUCGACAUCCUCGGCUCGACCAUGCACGGCCGAACCCCCGAAUUCGCCCACAUGUACCGAUCCAAGCACCUGAGCGGCGCGUCCUCGGGUCUGCGCGAACUGAUGGGCUGCGAAGACCGAGUCAUGUACCUGAUCUCCGAAAUCGCCUGCCUGGACGCAUUGAAGAACGAAGGUCGCGUCGACGAAAUGUCCGUCUGCUCGCAUGUCUCGGCUCUAGGUCGCCAGCUGGAGUACACCGAGCCCGUGGACCAAACGAUCGAGAGCCCGUACUCUCCCACAGGAACCCUGCGACCGGAAGUCCUGACCAAGAACAUGACCGCCGUCUACCGCAUCGCCGCCCGCAUCUACCUCUGCAGCCUCGUCCCCGGAUUCGACCGCAGCCAACCCAGCACUCUGAACCUCGUCGCGGCGGCCGCCAACACCAUCGAAUGCAUCCCGUCCGGACCGGAGGGCUACGACCGCUCGCUCGUCUGGCCUCUGCUCAUCACCGGCGCCUACUCCUCGCCCGGCAGCCAUUUCCGCACCCUUCUCGCCGACCGCGUCGCUGCUCUCGGAGACACGGCCGACCUGGGCAGCUUCGGCCGCAUGUAUCGACUGCUGCAGGAAGUGUGGCGAGUCAGCGACGAUGCCGCCGAGCCUCUGUAUGGCUUCGAAGAAUCCUCGUCCUCUUCAUCGGCUAGCUCCGUGAAGAUCGAGGACUCCGACUCCCCGCAAGAAAUCGACGACAGCGAAUGGGUGCUGAAAGAGGUGAAGCGACCACCCGUCCACUGGCGCGAUGUCAUGCAGCAGAACGGAUGGGACUUUUUACUCAUGUGA